AUUGAAAAUACUGAUGAAACUUUGAAUUUACAGGUUAGCAGCCUUCGUCAGGAAUUGCAACUUCUUGCUAGAGAUAGAACAAUCACCAUUGUAAAUGCCAGUGGAUCAGUUUCUGGUGCAGGAAAAUAUGGUACAGUAAUUAUUAUUGUGGUGGUGGGAUAUGGCUACAUUUGGUGGAAGGGAUGGAAACUUCCUGAUUUGAUGUUUGCAACAAGGCGUAGUUUAUCUGAUGCUAGCACAAGUAUAGGCAAUCAGCUGGGGAAGGUUUAUGAAUCAAUUGAGGAGGCCAAGAAGAAGUUAUCUGCAAGAAUAAAUCGCCUGGAUAGCAGUCUAGAUGAGUGUGCUGCUCUAACUGAAAAUACAAGGGUGGAGAUCUCUGAAAUACAACGGGAAACAGAUACUAUAUGUGGGGAUUUUUCACAUGUUCGCGUUGCCGUCCGUGUUCUGGAAUCUAAAAUAAAAGAAAUAGAAGGGAAGCAGGCAUCCACAACCGACAGAGUAACUGAAUUGUGUCAAUUUGCCAUGAAAUUGGAGAAUGGCAAACCCACAGAGCGCAUUCAGGCAUCUUCCUCCAGUUCUUCCAGGCCAGCUCUUGAUUUACCACCUGUUUCACCCAGCUCCAGGGUAUUACCAUCAAGUUCUUUAAGGCUAUCUUUAGAGCAACCAUCUGUCACACCCUUAUCAAGGACUGGGUCCUUGCCUCCAAAUUUGUCAACCGAUCCAAUAUCUCCCUCAUAUUCUGCGGGACGAUGCCAGGAGAGCAAUGGAAUUUCAGACGCAAUUAAUUCCCCUAGCAGUGCUGCGGGUUCUAAUGGGAUCCUUCCUAAAGAGGACAAAGCCCCUGUUGGUUCAGGUUAUGGCUUGCUUGGGCGAUUUCUUACAAGAACGCGUAGUGCUACAGAUUCAGCAUCACAAUUUACUCGUUCCAAUGCUUAAUAACCCUGGUUUUCUUCUAAGUUGGUCAAUACCAAUAUAUCCUGUAGACCAAUGGACCUUGCCCUGGGUGGAAUGUCUCCGCCAAUUGGUGAGGUUUCUCAGAGGUUUCCUAUUUAGGUUCUGCCCAUUAAGGUCUGAUAAAAAAUGACUGGGCAGUGAUUUUUGUAGAGAAUUCAUAAUUUACUGUUUUAGUUGGAUUAAAUUAAAAUCAUUAGUUAGUCGGAUACUUGUUGGUGACUUUUGGAAGAGCAACGGAAGAUUAAGUGGCCGUUGAACUGUUACAGACUCGUUUAUUCACCAUACCCAUUAUCAAUAGAGUGCAAGUUUGAACGAACUGUUUGGAGGGUUCCCCACCAUUUUGGUUAUAUAUAUUCUGAAUCUACUUUUUAGGUACGGGCUGGGAUAAACCUGCUAAAAAGUCCCAUUGUAAUGGGCAUGUGCUGUUGUUAUCUAGCAGUUAUGCAAUAAAGUAAUCCAUCUUUGGAUCCCUGUUUACUA